GAAAAUUCAGAUCUGGAACUCGAAGCUAUUGGUAAGAUUAAUUCUUGAUUAUGCAGAACUAUCUGCUCUGCGAAACUUGUGCAAGAGAUUGGAAACUUUGAAUUCUGCGUGUUGGCCUCCCAGAUCUAAGCGUGUUCAUGCGCUAAAUGGAGUACAGAAGGAUCAAAGAUCAGGAUAAAGAUGGCAAUGGAGAUGGCAGUGGGGCUGGUGUUGCUGUGGCAGAUGACAUAGAGAGCUUGCGCGGUGGUAAAGCAAUUUCAGGCGCGAGCAAUAUGGCGAAAUUGGGAGGAAAUCCUUUGGAUAGAUCCAAGUGGCAGCAGAAGUCCAUAGUUACGCUUGCAUUAACAGUUCUUACUAGUUCACAAGCAAUACUCAUUGUGUGGUCCAAGAGAGCAGGCAAAUAUGAAUACAGUGUUACAACUGCCAAUUUCAUGGUGGAGACUUUGAAGUGUGUAUUAUCGCUUGCUGCUUUGAGUCGAAUCUGGAGAAGUGAAGGUGUGACUGAAGAUAACAAGUUGAGCACAACGUAUGAUGAGGUUAUUGUCUACCCUAUUCCUGCGGCCCUUUAUCUCGUCAAGAAUUUGCUCCAGUAUUACAUUUUUGCUUAUGUGGAUGCGCCGGGUUAUCAGAUAUUGAAAAAUUUCAAUAUCAUCAGCACGGGUAUUUUGUACAGAAUCAUACUUAAGAAAAAGUUAAGUGAGAUCCAGUGGGCGGCGUUUGUUCUUCUAUGUGCUGGGUGCACCACUGCACAGCUAAAUUCGAACUCAGAUCAUGUUCUUCAGACACCUUUUCAAGGUUGGCUGAUGGCUAUAAUCAUGGCACUCUUGAGUGGAUUCGCUGGAGUGUACACUGAGGCUAUAAUUAAGAAACGUCCUUCAAGGAAUGUAAAUGUACAAAACUUCUGGUUAUAUGUGUUUGGCAUGGCGUUCAAUGCUAUUGCCAUGCUGAUUCAAGAUUUUGAUGCAAUUGCGAAUAAGGGAUUCUUUCAUGGUUACUCGUUUAUUACAGUUCUCAUGAUUCUGAAUCAUGCCCUCAGUGGCAUUGCUGUAUCUAUGGUAUUGAAGUAUGCAGAUAACAUUGUGAAGGUUUAUUCCACUUCAGUGGCAAUGCUUCUCACCGCAGUGGUUUCUGUUUUUCUGUUUGGCUUUCAUCUCUCCCUCGCCUUUUUCCUUGGAUCAACCGUCGUAUCGGUUGCGGUCUAUCUACACUCAAUUGGGAAGCUGCAAAAGUAGCGACAACUUUGUGAAUGGUAAACCGUAACAACAGAUGUUCAUUAUAUAUCAGUGUAUAUGGGGUACUGUCUCCUGCUCUUUUUGCGUCAUUAUAUGUUUCCAUUGAUUACAUGAGAAAUUAUGGAUUCUAAGUACAAGUUAGAUAACAGAUGACUGGCGUAUACGAAAUAGUAUUUGUUACGAUUGCUAGAUUCAACCU